AUGUCUAAAGCUGUUGGUAUUGAUUUAGGUACUACCUAUUCCUGUGUUGCCCACUUUUCUAAUGAUAGAGUUGAUAUUAUCGCCAAUGAUCAAGGUAACAGAACCACUCCAUCUUUCGUUGCCUUUACUGACACUGAAAGAUUAAUUGGUGAUGCUGCUAAGAACCAAGCUGCCAUGAACCCAUCUAACACCGUUUUUGACGCUAAGCGUUUGAUUGGUAGAAACUUCUCUGACCAUGAAGUCCAAGGUGAUAUGAAACAUUUCCCAUUCAAGGUUGUUGACAUUGAUGGUAAGCCACAAAUCACCGUUGAAUACAAGGGUGAAAAGAAGACCUUCACUCCUGAACAAAUCUCUUCCAUGGUCUUAGGUAAGAUGAAGGAAACUGCCGAAUCUUACUUGGGUUGCAAGGUUAACGAUGCUGUCGUUACCGUUCCAGCUUAUUUCAAUGACUCUCAAAGACAAGCUACCAAGGAUGCUGGUACUAUUGCUGGUUUGAAUGUUUUAAGAAUCAUUAACGAACCAACUGCUGCCGCCAUUGCUUACGGUUUGGACAAGAAAGGCCAUGAAGAAAAUGUUUUGAUUUUCGAUUUAGGUGGUGGUACUUUCGAUGUUUCCUUAUUAUCCAUUGAAGAAGGUAUCUUCGAAGUUAGAGCUACUGCUGGUGACACCCAUUUAGGUGGUGAAGAUUUCGAUAACAGAUUGGUCAAUCACUUCGUUCAAGAAUUCAAGAGAAAGAACAAGAAGGAUUUAACCACUAACCAAAGAGCUUUGAGAAGAUUAAGAACUGCUUGUGAAAGAGCUAAGAGAACUUUAUCUUCUUCUGCCCAAACUUCUAUUGAAAUUGACUCCUUAUUCGAAGGUAUUGAUUUCUACACUUCCAUUACCAGAGCCAGAUUCGAAGAAUUAUGUGCUGAUUUAUUCAGAUCUACUAUUGAUCCAGUUGAAAAGGUUUUAAGAGAUGCUAAAUUAGACAAAUCUGCUGUUCACGAAAUUGUUUUGGUCGGUGGUUCUACCAGAAUUCCAAAGGUUCAAAAAUUAGUUGCUGAUUACUUCAACGGUAAGGAACCAAACAGAUCUAUUAACCCAGAUGAAGCUGUUGCUUAUGGUGCUGCUGUCCAAGCUGCUAUUUUGACUGGUGAUGAAUCUUCUAAGACUCAAGAUUUAUUGUUAUUGGAUGUUGCUCCAUUAUCCUUAGGUAUUGAAACUGCUGGUGGUGUUAUGACUAAGUUAAUUCCAAGAAACUCUACUAUUCCAACCAAGAAAUCUGAAGUCUUCUCUACAUAUGCUGACAACCAACCAGGUGUCUUGAUUCAAGUCUUCGAAGGUGAAAGAGCUAAGACUAAGGACAACAACUUAUUAGGUAAGUUCGAAUUAUCUGGUAUUCCACCAGCUCCAAGAGGUGUCCCACAAAUUGAAGUUACUUUCGAUAUUGAUGCCAAUGGUAUCUUAAACGUUUCUGCCGUUGAAAAGGGUACCGGUAAGUCCUCUAAGAUUACCAUUACCAACGAUAAGGGUAGAUUAUCUAAGGACGAUAUUGAAAAGAUGGUUGCUGAAGCCGAAAAAUUCAAGGAAGAAGAUGAAAAAGAAACUGAAAGAAUCCAAUCUAAGAAUCAAUUAGAAUCUAUUGCUUACUCUUUAAAACAAUCUGUCGGUGAAGCUGGUGACAAAUUAGAUGAAGCUGAUAAGGAAGCUGUUACUAAGAAAGCUGACGAAGUUAUCUCUUGGAUGGACAGCAACCAAACUGCUUCUAAAGAAGAAUUCGAUGAUAUGUUGAAGGACUUACAAAGCGUUGCUAACCCAAUCAUGACAAAAUUAUAUCAAGCCGGUGGUGCUCCAGGUGGCGCUGCUCCAGGUGGUUUCCCAGGCGGUGCUCCACCAGCCCCAGAUGCUGAAGGUCCAACUGUUGAAGAAGUUGAUUAA